AUGGUGCAAUUUAUGGAGAGUGGCAUCGACAACCAGCUAGAUAUGAACGACAUGAAUAUUGCCGAUCGUCUGCAAGCGCAUAUGGAACUUACAACAUUUUUUGGCUUAGCAUUGGGAUUUGUCGCACUCGUCUUGGUUUUGUUCCUGUAUGUCAAUAAGAUACGAUGCUUCGGUACGGCACCACCGUUCCUUCCAUUUGAUGAGCAUCUUAUAUCGGAGAAAACAUUCCACCGAAUUCGGAACCGCUUCGCGUACGACGGCAAUAACAGUUCCGACUCGGAGGACGAAACGUUGCGCCGGCUGAAGCUAGAACCUUGCGGUGACGGCUACACCAACGGCAUCUCCUGCUACCAUGCCAACGAAAACACACUCGACCACACGCCACACUUCAACAGCUUUAAUAAAAUUCUGUCCGGUUGCAAGCAUGUGCACUCGUCGCGCGAUCCGCUGGCGAUGGCCGAAGGUGGCAAGAUCGGGAUGCCCCAUUCCAGCAACGACUGCAGCUCGGGAAGCUCCAACGAGGUGAGCUUGGAUUACAGCACGCGCCUGUCGCUGGAUGCGCACGUCAGCAACGACCGGUUGGCGACCAACGGCGGGAACUCCGCGCUGGAGGGCUGCCUUACAGGUGCGCUGGAUUUGAAGCUCAAGAGCGAGUCGCUGCUACCGGAGCUGACGAAGGAAAGCGAUGAGCGUGAUCUGGCCUCCAGAAAGAAACCGACCAAAGCGGCAACGAACCAUCGUACCGAGGUGGGUAGCGUCGGUAUCGCUUUCGAUGCCGACGUACCGACCGCCACCGGCGAGCGUAACAAUUUGAAAUGUAAAACGUUUCCGGAGGAAAGCGCACCGACCGCAUCGGCCGUUGUCGGGUUUGAGCAGGCAUCUUUAACACAGCAGGAUAGCCUGGAUGAUGUACUGAGUCUCAAUAACGAUUGUAUUUUAGUGUUUUCGCAUGAACCACUCUACGAUACCAGUGACCUGAAGUCACUCAAAUCGGACGGUGAUGCUGCCGUCACCGCCGCUAGUUUUGAAGGUCCCGCCUCGACAACUGGCUCCAAUGGGACGCUGGAGAUAUCGCUGCUGUAUGACGCACCGAUGCGCAAAAUGACCGUGCACGUGCUGCAGGCCCGUGGCAUCUCGUCCCGCGGCGAUAAGGGCCAGCUGACACACACGCAGGUCCGCCUGCUAAUGUUGCCGGCCAAGCGCCAAAAGCACAAAACCAAAAUCCGCUCCGGCGAGAACCCACAGUUCAUGGAGAGCUUCUUGCUGCACCGUGUCAACCCGGAGGAGGUCAAUUCUAUGGGUUUGCGCAUCCGCGUGUAUGGGUGCGAGAGGAUGCGCCGCGAGCGGCUGAUCGGGGAAACGAUCGUCAGCUUUGCCAACAUCGAUCUGGAGCUGGAGACGAACUUGUGGCUCCCGCUGGAACCACGCACAUCCAGUUCGCAGGAUACAGCUUCCACGAGCGAUUUACUGAGCAUUGCGAGAUCGGAUAGUGCGGGAUCGACCACUUCCAUGCAGCAUGGCGGAGUACCGGAGCUGUUGCUUGGUUUAGGUUACAAUGGCAUUACCGGACGUCUUACCGUUGAGAUUGUUAAAGGAAGCCAUUUUAGAAACCAUUCUCUGCCCAAGGUCCCUGACACGUACGUUAAACUGUGUCUGGUAAGCAGCAUGGGCCAGGAGAUUGCGCGAGCCAAGUCCUCCACACGGCGCGGUCAAUCGAAUCCACUGUUCAAGGAAACGUUCAUCUUCCAGGUGGCACUGUUUCAACUGAACGAUGUGACGCUGAUCGUGUCAGUGUACGCCAAGCGCAACAUGAAGCGCAACGAGAUGGUUGGUUGGUUUAGCAUGGGGCUCAACUCGAGCGGACCGGAGGAAAUGAUACACUGGAACGAGAUGCGCGAAUCGAGCUCCCGAUCCGAGCUGAUUACCCGCUGGCACGUUCUGGUCGAUUCCUGAUUUUA